UUCUACUUUGCUAGUUUCGGUUAAAUAAACAUAUUUCGCAAAUUAUAAAACAUGGCCGUCGCUUUGAGAAAUCCAUUGUGUCGAAAUGUUUGUAGAUUAAUCAACAAUCAUGAAGUGUCACAUCGUAGGAAUUACAUAAGAAGAGGAGAGAAAGUGCCAUCUGUGAACCUGUAUUUGGACACACCUAACAAUGCAGUCAAUGCAUAUGAUUUAUUUAAAGGAAAAAGGGGUGUAUUGUUCUCAGUCCUUGGAGCAUUUACACCAGGCUGUAAGAAGCACAUACCUGAUUACCUGGAUCACUAUGAUCAAUUUAAGGCUGAAGGAUAUGAUUUGAUAGUUUGUGUAGCAGUCAAUGAUCCAUAUGUUAUGUCAGCAUGGGCAAAGUCUUUAAACACAAAAGACAAGAUUUUAAUGUUAGCAGAUCCCAAAGCAGAAUUCACGAAGGCAAUGAAUAUGGAUUUAGAUUGUAGACAUAUUAUGGGAACUACUAGAUCUAAAAGAUAUUCAGUAGUGGUGGAGGACAGUAAAAUGAAAGGUUUUAAUAUGGAACCUGAAGACACUGGACUUGCAUGUUUAUUAUGUAUACAAAAUAUGAAAAAUUCUAAAGAUUGAUAAGAUGUCAAGACUGUGUUUAUUUAUUGAAGUGAUAUAUGAGUAAGACCUUACCUUUUAGGUAGGAUAGACUUUCAGCCCCAUAGAAUGUAACCCAGGAAUAUCAUCUGUGUGUCAUGGGAAUCUGUGUCUAGGUUUGGGCAUCUUCAUCAGAAGGGGGGUGUAACAGUUCCUUCGCCAUAGCAUUAAGUUUAUGUUUGACUGGUACCAGACUUAAUAUAGUGUGGGGUAUAAACAGACUGGUACCAGACUUAGUAUAAUGUGGGGUAUUGACAGACCAUUUGAAAGAAACCAGUCAAGGUCAGAUAUUAUAAGGAUGUUGUGCAUUGAUAAAGAAUGACAAAUGAUAACCAUUACAUGUAAUGAACAACAUCUUGAAAAACUCUCUACAUCUGUAUUGUGUGUUAAUAGAUGAAAUUUAUAUUAACACUUUGUAUGUUAGUGGAGACAAUAGCAAACCUAUGUCACAAAUAUAGAGACAGAUAAUCAUGCACAUCUACUAGCUACUAAGUUUUAGUAUUUUUAUUCUGAAAUCCAGUAAUCUGUUAACCCCUUAGCCUGCUGGCAGCAACUGGUUUGAGCCGCGUCACGACAAAACCAACAUAGUGCGUUUGCGACCAGCAUGGAUCCAGACCAGCCUGCGCAUCUGCGCAGUCUGAUCAGGAUCCAUGCUGUUCGCUAUCAGUUUCUCUACUUGCUAUAGGGUUUGUAAGUGAAAGGCAUGGAUCCUUAUCAGACUGCGCGGAUGUGCAGGCUGGUCUGGAUGCAUGCUGGUCGCAAAACCAUUAUGUUGGUUUUGUCAUGACGCGGCUGAUUUUAUUCUGAUGUGAUCAUUGCAGACCAAGACUAGCUGGAACAUCACUGCUGUAUGAUCAUGGUCUGCACUGUUUGCUAUUUGAUCACUACAUAUUUUUAAAUUUUCACUGGUUUUAUCUGGAUUGAAAGAUGGACAAGUCUGUUUACGGCAUUUAGCAUGGUAAUGGUUAAUGGGCAAUUCCUUAUUCAAAUCAGAGCAAGUCAUUUUAAUUAAAACUUUAGCAGGGUAAGAGCUAAGAAGAAAAACUUAUUGUAUACUGAUAAUACACUCCUAUGACAAAAUAUAUUAAAAAAUCAAAAAUCGCUUGUUUGAUUUUCUAGUGAGUAAACAAUCAGUGCAAUUAUAAUUAUUUAGAAAUAAUGUAUGCAGAGAAUCAAUAACUGAUUUGCUGGUUUAAAAGAUUGACGACUUAAAAAUUUCUAUAUAGUUAUGAAAAAUCUUUACUUUUUUGGUCGAUUUAGAGUUGGAAACAUUUAAUUAUAAUUAUUAAUCUUUUUUUACAUUGGGUUUGAAAAAUUUGUGUUGCAAUAUGUCUUCCACUCUUGUUUGUGAUAAUUAGAGACAGAAAAAAGGGACUGGGGGAAAACUGAUACAUAGUAAUGUAAAGGUGUUAACCAAAUUUCUGGAAAUGAAGGUGGUAAUGUAAAAGGUUAAAGAACUUGAAGUGAAAUCAUGAUGUUGAAAAUUGCAUUUGUUUUUGGUUAUGAGUAUUAUUAUAUUGUUAUAGUAUUAUUUAAAAUGUGUAAAUUUCUAAACUCAUGGAACAACAGUUAUUCAAUGCAAUAAAGCUAUUUUUACUUUUUCAACUACAUGAAACACCAGCUGCAGAAAUAUCUCACCAUUUCCUGGAUAUAAUUACCUGACAAACACUGCUUACUUUCUCAACAUAUAUUUCACAGUUUGAAAAAAUGACUUUGACUACAAAAACAGACUGAUAAUUUGAUUUAAAUUAAACACAAUGGUUUGAUAAAUAUAACUUAUUAUGAAUUCAAACCCAUUUACUGUGAUUUUUAUGGGAGAACUGUCACUAAGAUGUGCUGAAAAUCAAAAUGUGGCUGUAGUGAUAUUGGCACAGCAUUUCUAGAGUUGUAUAUUUGAAAUGAGAGUGCCAGCAUAGAUGUUUGCAAACGAGUAACAAGAAGUCCACUUCCCAUCAUAAUUAUGUUUUGAUUUUGUGUUUAGUGCUAACAACUAGAUCUAUGUCAUAAUCUGAACAUAAAGAAUCAUCUUUGCUUUCCAUUCACAGAGUGAAGUAAAAUAUCUGUCUUUGUAUUUUAAAACUUCGCUUGUGUUAAAUUUGUUGCAUAAUUAACAGAGAAACAUUUUAGUUACAUUUUUAUACAAUAAGUAAUUGAUGUUCAAAUGUAUGAAUUCAAUUAUUUUCGAGUCACAUUUUAUUUGGCAUUGUUCAUAAUGAAUGUUGGAAUGCUGAAUGAAGCUGGCUUUGUUAAUCAUGAUUUGUUAAUAAAUAUUAUAAUAAUGA